AUGAUGUUCCUUUACCCAGUCCUGCUUUCCCUCAUCUCCAGUGGAGCUCUGGCUGCCACCUGCCCCAGUCUCCCUUCAUCACCCCAGCUGCAGGCCAUCAGCACACUCCCCGAUCCCUUCUCGUGGUAUCCCCUGCAGCAGUCCGGCCGUGUUACCACACUCUCCGACUGGCAAUGCCGCCAGAGCCACAUUAGCACCCUCCUCCAGCAGCUCGAACUCGGCACCAAGCCUCCCGCUCCCUCCAGCCAUCCCCUCCCACCGGGCGUCGCAACCAUCACCUUCGACAACAGCCAAAUCGCGCAGCAAACCGACCAAAGCAGUCGGGGGAAGGGCCUCUUCUACACCCUGUACGGCGCCAACCACCCCGCAGGCGCAAUGAUGGCCUGGGCAUGGGCCACAUCGCUCAUUAUCGACCGGCUCGAAGCCACCCCCGCCGCGAGAAUCAACACGGCUCGAAUCGGGGUGACGGGGUGCUCACGGAACGGCAAGGGCGCACUAGUUGCUGGGGCAUUCGAUUCGAGAAUCGCACUCACCGUUCCGCAGGAGUCCGGCACGGGGGGUUCAGGAUGCUGGCGGCUAGCGGCCGCGUCUGAAGGCGCGCCACAGAACGUGCAGACGGCGGGGGAGAUCGUGCAGGAGAAUGUCUGGUUCUCGACUGCGUUCAAUGCGUAUGCGAAUAAUGUGGACCGGCUCCCGUUCGACCAUCACAUGCUGGCAGGGUUGAUUGCUCCGCGCGGUCUGCUGUCCAUCGACAAUGCGGGGUAUCAGUGGCUGGGGCCGUGGUCGUCGCUGGGGUGUAUGGGGACGGCGAGACUGAUUUGGCAGGCGAUGGGGGUGCCGGAUCGGAUGGGGUACUCAAUGUCGACGAAUCAUCCGCAUUGUUCGUUUCCGGAUCAGCAGCGGGAGGAUUUGUUUGCGUUUAUUAAUCGGUUCUUGCUGGGGAUGGAAGUCAAUACCACGGUGCAGAAGAAUUAUGCGGGGAUUGCAUUUGAUAGCAAGCCGUGGGUGAACUGGCAAGUUCCCACUUUGACUUGA